AUUGAAGGAAGAACAAAUUCUUUUCGUUUGGGAUGUGCGAGAUGUGCUUCUUUCUACGGAUGUUCUCUCCGAAGCAAGCAAUGUUCAAUUCCUAAUAGGCGCAGUAAAUGGGAGGUUUUCAAAUGCCAACGAACCAACCGAACGUUCCGUCGAGCAAGUAGAAUAUGUCACGGAGGCCACUCCACCAAAGAUAUCACCAAAAGGCUGGACCAUGGCCGAUUCACGAUCUUUCAAAGACAAAUAUUACAGGCUUCGAGAAAAGUACGAUGCCCUCCACAAGCAAAGGGAUGAACUUAAACACAACCUUGACAUAGUAAAGCACAAGGCGCGCAAACUGAAGGAGGAGAACAACCAUUUACUCGACUUAAUGAUGGAUAUGAACCCUAGUCUUGUCGAUGACGCAUCUGGAAGUUCCUCCUCCGAAGAUAUGGACAUUUUAUCCGAUGCGUCUUCCGAUGAAGAUGAUACCAGCAUAACUGCAUCGAACCGAUACGAACAAUCAAAACCCCCGUCUAAAGAUUAUAAAAGAAAGGUGUCACCACCAACCCCACGAAAAACACGAACCUCUCCUCAAGAAGUAUCGAACGCAAAAACUACUGGAAAGCGCAAGUCUGACGAAGGUAAUGGCGCUGAUGAACCGCAGGCACAGAAACGUCGAAGAAAAGCUCCUGGAGUGAAAAAGAAGCGCGACGAUCGUACAGAUGCCAAAAGGAUUGAGCCUUUGCCAAUGAACUCCGACAAAACACUAAAAUUGCCGGUAACCAUCGGAAAAGGUACCAAUGAGGUGACAAUUUUUAGGAUAGGAGAAAUAGUCUGGGAUAGGGAGGCAUAUCACACGAAUCGCUACAUAUUUCCCGUUGGUUUUAUGAGUAAAAAGCAAUAUCUGAGUGCUGUGGACGUCACAAGGAGAACGACUUAUACCAGCGAGAUUUUAGAUGGUGGAGAUAAUCCGAUUUUUCAGGUGACCGCUGAAGAUCAACCUGGUCGUAAAUUUUCUGCUAGCUCUUCUAGUGGUGUUUGGAAAAAGAUUCUUGAUGAAAUUAAUAUUCAGGGCGUUCCUUCAAAAACACACGCCAGUGGACCGGAGAUGCUUGGACUUAGCCAUUUAGGAAUCACAAAAUAUAUUCAGGAACUACCUGGAGCGGAAAAAUGCACAAAAUAUGUGAUGCAACGUUGGAUUGACGAUGAUCAACCAACCCCAUCGGCUCCGCCGACCAUCAAGACCGAGC